AUGGGUAACAAACUGUCGUGUUCCUGCGCACCAAUCCUCCGCAAAGCAUAUCGCUAUGAGGACAGCCCGUGGCAAAAUUCCCGACGACGUGAUGGACAUCUCUUGAGACUUUGGGCAGAAGUAUUUCACGUGUCAGCGAGUGGUGCUGGCACCGUGAAGUGGCAGCAGGUAUCCGAAGACCUGGUACCUGUGAACAUCACCUGCAUACAGGACUCGCCAGAAUGCGUGUUCCAUAUUACCGCAUACAACUCCCAAGUCGACAAAAUCCUUGAUGUUAGACUAUUGCAACCUGGCACUCGUAUUGGACAAGCAUCCGAAUGCUUUGUGUAUUGGAAAGAUCCAAUGACCAACGACACUUGGGGCUUAAACUUCACAUCUCCUAUAGACGCGAAGCAGUUCAGAGAAUGUUGCUCGCCUUCAUUUAAAUUCUCACGGAAGGCAUCUUCGAGCUACAGCCUGAAGCUAGAGCCGCCGGGGAGCAAACAAAAAUUCAAGACCAAGAGGAAACCGGUCUCAACACCAGCUAGUCCAAAUCGAUCAAGUCUUAGUUACGGACGCGAACCACAAUGCACCUGCAUGACCCAGGAGCAAUACGCCAGGCUGAGGGCACAGGAUCCAAGAUACCGCUCAUCAACAUUACCGCGUACCACCACUCGGGCUAUAGAGACAGACGCGGCGGCGGCAGCUGGGCGCUCGGACAAGGUGGCUGCUGCUACUUCAUCCACAUCGCUCUACGACAACGUUGCUACAACUCAGCCCGCUCAACAGCCGCCUAAACCCGCGGCUCGACAAAGUGAGACUCAACCACCAGCUCGUCCGCCGAAGUCCCAAGAAACAUCUACGAUGACAACAAAUACUUCAACAGCGCCUAAGACUGUAACUGCUUCUGUUGGGACACAUGGAAAUACGACCACCGAAGAGACCACGCAAGUGUCCAGCACUGGAUCGACAAAUCAACACGGCCAAGAUUUGAAAUCUGAAGGCGUUCAAGCUGGAGGCACUUUGACAUCCUCCAAAUCAUCAGCAACAUCAACUCGUGCUGGCAAGGAACAUCUACAGCAUAUGCCUAAGAGCGUUGAUUAUGGAGACGGCAAUGAAUCGGGUCGUGAGUCAGAAAGACAUAUGCAUAACCACAACGUGAUUAACAACAACACGUCGGGUUCGCGUCGCACAAAGUCCAAAAGCACUGAAGAUAUGAAUAUGGACCCAAACACGCUGAAACGUAUGCUCAAACCGAUGCCCUCUACGGAGAGUCCCAUCACGUCCCCAGAAAUGGGACGCAGGAGGUACGCGGCCUGUCCCUCCUCCUGCUCGCACUCACACCGCCAUCCCCACCAUGGACAUUACACACACGUCAUCAACAAUAAUAGCAGGCAGUCGUCACAGCGCCGUGGUGUCGGCGUGGGUGCAGCCCCAAGUGGCUAUCCCGGGCGUGGACUGUAUUUAGAGCUGGGCGGUGGCGAGAGAGAUGUGUCACCACCCUCAGAUAACGUCAUGUUCGACAAUCAAUGCUAUGCUACCACACCCUCGUCGUCUAAUGGCAACUCAGACCAAGAACAUUGUCAACGCAGAGAUCCGAGACAACAUCACCAUAUGAAGCCGUGUCUCUCGCGCCAAGCAUCGCAGCAGAGCGCCACUCCAGCUCCAGGUUCUCCUACAUCACGCCUACUAUUGGAAUAUGAGAUGCAUCUAAGAAAUACACUAGCUAAGGGAAUGGAUGCUGAGAGCUACAGUUUGCAUACAUUUGAGGCGCUUUUGAGUCAAAGCAUGGAAGACUUGGAAUACAACGAAAAUCUACCACCUUCUAAUCAGCGGAGUCCAUAUCCACCACGACGACGUCCUGGAUCUCAAUGUUCAGGCGGAGGAAGUCGCUCAUCAACUCUUCCGCUUCCGCAUCGAAUGGGGGUGGAAAGGCAGCACAGUGCGCGAUCAGACCGCGAUGGAUAUUACAGCGAUCGCAAUGAAUUAAUGAGGGAACGAGAGAGGGAGAGGGAACGGGAGAGAGGGUAUCUCAGUGAUCAUAAUACAAGAGAUCGGGUGAGAGAUCGAGACCAGGGUUACCUGAGUGAUCAUCAAUCAAGUUUCGUGAGCGCAUCGAGAUGUGCAUCGUGUAUCGGAGAGUCGGCUCGCUCUGCAUGGUACCGUCACUCAGAUGGGUGGAGGGGGCAGCAGCCUUCUGGUCCUCGCCGCUCCCCAUGGGACUCUCUCCCCAGCCUGCGUCACGAGGGAAGCCUAAACGAUUCCGGAUAUAGAAGCAAUCGGGCUGAUAGCUUCGAACAACGUGGCAUGUUUGAUCGCCAAGACAGUGUACGAUCUGAAUACACAAGUGAUCGGGAGUCAUCUCGCUACGGCAUCGUACAACAGGCCUCAAUCGACAGCACAGAUUCCCGUAUUUGCUAUUUGACUUCAAGUGAGGUAAGCAUAUAA